CGAGGGAGGGGGAGCGUUCCCGCGCAAAGAGGAAGGGCUUCUUCGAAUGAAAUGGUCGAACUUAUUGCUAGCUAUUGUAGCGGACUUCGCAUCCCAGCAGUCUGCCGGUGGAAUCACGAUAUGGGCCGGUCUAUGCUUUGACCAAUCCUUGUUGCAUUCAUCCAGAAGGCUGCGCACGCUCACAGUUUCACGCUUCGAUUCCAUCGUUUACUUUCUCCGCCGAGUGUGAUGGAGAAUUACGAAUCGUCGGUCCGAUGUAGAGAUCGUCGAAUGGCCUUCUGCCUUGUGAGCUUGGAAAGUUUGGUCUGUUGGAGGCUCGUAGGACGAGAUCUGAAUUUGUUGCUCAGUAGAGAGGUGACAAGUCGGGGUUUUGCUCUUAGUUGGUGAAGAUCGUUUUUUCUUCUGAUGGUAUCUGGAGUGUUGAGAAGCGGGAGUUUUGGGACUUGCCGGUUGGAGCAGACUGGGCAGUAAGAAGUAUUCAUUCGUACCUUUGCUCACGAAGUCAGGGUUCAAAGAUGGAGGAGUCGCCAUCAAGCCAAGUUUUAUUCGAGAUUGAAGGGCUCAUACUGGAUGCUCUGCAAGUGAUCUCGUACAAAUGGCUGAGUAGAAAAUUCUCAAUCCCAUCGAACAUGGCGAAGCGGCUCUUAGAGAGAUUUGUCUCGCAAAAUAAACAGCUGGAUUUAGAGGUAGUAUAUGCUGUAUCUGGAUGGACGAAACAAGAGCCACAGUGCUACUCAGUUCAGCUCGUGCCCAAGUCAAAGCUUGAAGAUGUGAAGGCCUCACUGAAGGAAAAUCCGUCGGUCCAUGUCUAUAGCGUGCAGCGUUGUUUGCCGAAAGAUCCAGCUCAAUUGUGGAGUGCAGAUUUCGUUCAGGCAGUUGAACUCUUUAACCAACCUCAAGACGUCAACAACAGUCUUCGAGAUAAUAGGUUCAGUGCUGUAUCUUGUACACUCGUCCAACGAAGUUUGUUAAGGAAAACUUCUGGAUCGACUUCCUCUCAACAACAAAUUCCAGUCGCCGCCGCCAAGCCAAUUUCUACUCCCAGAGGCCCCGUCCAGAAUGCAGCCCAACCAUCACACAUUUCAAGGAGUACCACUGCUGAUAGGAAACCAGUGAAAAGCGAGAUACCUCCAGUUCCACCAAUUUCAGCACUAUCACACCAUGCGAAGGAUGUGAUUGCUGACAUCAAACCCGUGAAGACCGAGAUACCUUCGGUUCAAUCGGUUUCCCCACAACAUGAUGCAAAAGAUACAGCAUUAGGGAAAAAUGGAUCGAAAAUUGUUGUGCUCCCUCCUGCAGGAAAGAGAAAAGCCAUGGCUUCUGUUCCUUUAGGUGGGGCCAAUGGAGGGAGUUCUAUUUCAAAUUUGUGGGGGAAGGCAGCAAGCAAACCAAGUGCAACAUCCCAUUCAAAAGAGUUGGAACCCCCUGUCGAAGUCGCUGGUGAUGCGGAAGCCAGGAUACAAGCCAUGGAGGCAGACGGUUUCAGUGAUGAGGAUGUGGACCCGUAUGUGUCUACAAGAGUCAAGAGAACGGCCGGAAGACGUCGAAUGAUUGUAGAAGAUGAUGAUUCCGGCAACGAGGGAGCUGAAGAGGAUGAGGAGAUGAUUGUAAGACUCGGUACCCCAGAUUCUCCUCAAGAUGUAAAGCCUCUACUGUGGAAUGGUCAUGACAGAUCAAUGGUUCCGAAGGACCAGAUAUCGGAAGUUAAUGCCAAAUCUUCCACACUUGAGAUGAAAGUAUCCUCAAAUCUUGUACAAGAUAAAAAUGGGUUGGCAAGCAACAUCCAACCUGCCAUGAAGGACAAAGUGGUACAAAAGUCAAAUGUUGUUGAACAGGACGUCCCUGGGUUUAGGGCGGGCAUCAAGAGAAAGAAAGUCAUGAAAACAAGGAUUGACGAGAAGGGAAGAGAAGUGACGGAAGUAGUUUGGGUAACCGAAGGAGAAGACACGGCUUCAGCCGAUGAAAAGCCCCCGCUUGUGACAGCUAAACCUUCAGCUCCUACCAACAAAGAGAGUGACACUAAGGCUUCAACAGAGAGGACUAGAGCUUUGCCCAAGCCUCAACCUGCUCCACCAAAGGCACCUGCAAGUAAAGGAGGCAAAAGUGCCACUAAGGCUACUGGUAAACAACAAGGUUCAAUUAUGUCCUUUUUCAAGAAGCAGUAGUGAGUAUUAGAUGACUUCAUGGUCAUCCAACAAGGUCGAGAUCCGGUUCGACUACACCAACUUGUCCCAGAGAUGGCCAUAAUGCGUUUCCUGUGCUCAUCGUAGACUUCUGAGUGAAGUCCUAGUGCUUCUAGCGAUGCUGUGAGCGUGGAGUGGUAGCCAACAGUUCAAUGGUGUUGAUUGAACUCGAUUCAUUAGUGAAAUAGAGAAUGUAAACUAAAAGAUGGGAGACGUCGAAACUGAGCUCAGAGCUUACGGGUCAUUACACCCGAUCUCAGUAUAAGUAGCUUGCUUUUGCUUUGCACUAAUGCAAGUCAGGCGUUCGUAGAGGUGGGAGGAUCUCUUUAGACAGGUUUAGUGUUCGUCAGUAGUCCAAGGAGUUAGACGCACAGAAUAUGUUUGCUGCCAUCGAUUCCAGUGACGUGACAUGCCCUCCAGAUACUGCAGUACCUCCAGGAACACUUAUUGCCACAUCUCUGGAGGAUCCAAUACAAGAAAAACCAGCCCUUUUUUGGCUGUCGUUUCAGAAUGUCACACAGCAACCAAGCAAAAGAGGCACAUGUUGUGGAGCUACAUCAGAGGUAUCCUCUUAACUGUUUCUAUGUGUAGGAGCUUUUAGCUUCAACUUCAGGAGGGGGAAACUUCUGCAUUUGCACUGAAUUUACUCUUUGCGAAAGCGAAAAAGUUGUACACUAAGUUGAGGAAGAGCAGUAGUUGGGAGAUGCCCCAAGCAACUUGACAUGGGUGAUAUUUUUUUCUAACUGUUAUGUAUAUUGGUCUCAGGUAGAACGCUUGAGGUGAUGUUAAAAUCUUUAUCAUUCAGGCGAACAUUGUCUUGGAUCUGACAAAACUUUUCUGCCACAAAAUCUACGUGUUUAUUUGACGUCCAUGAAAUUGAGGGCAGUAAAUAGUUCCAUAGUCUCGAGACAGGCCCGUGGAACCAUCAACUUUGAGAUCCAUGUGUGGAUAUGUCUGUCAUGUUUAAUACAGUAAACGUCAUUGAAAGUUCAUUCUGCGAUCACAAGGACCUGUAUUGGCCUACAAGCUCUCAAACUACAUUCUACUUAGAUUUCUGUUGACGCGUCACGACCCAAAGGUAUAGAAAAUUUUACCUCAUCUCAAUCGUUAUCAACCCCAUAGAAUUGACGCGGUUGAUUAACUUGAUGUAUUGAAGGUUCUGUCCAAUCUAUUACUUUCAAAUGGAUCUCGGAUAUUUGUCAAAAUCGUGAAGU